CAUUGAUGACAAUGCAUGAAAUGCUAUCUUUUUAAGUGUAUAAAUACCAUCACUACUUGUGUCUUGAUUCAUCACCUUUACCUUCAACAUCAAACACAUCACAUCGAGUCUCUCUUUCUCUCUCAGUCUUCAAAUAGUUUCUUAGUACCCAAACUAAUGGCAGGCAUCAAGGUUUUUGGAAACGCUACUUCCCCUUCCACCAGGAGAGUCCUCCUCGCCCUCCACGAGAAGAACCUUGACUUUGAGCUCGUUAAUAUCGACCUCAAGGACGGUGAACACAAGAAAGAGCCUUUCCUUUCCCGCAACCCUUUUGGUAAAGUCCCAGCCUUUGAAGAUGGAGACCUCAAACUCUUUGAAUCAAGAGCCAUUACUCAGUACAUAGCUCACCGAUACGAAAGCCAAGGAACCAACCUUCUCCCAGCAGACUCCAAGAACCCAUCCCACUAUGCGAUCAUGGCCAUUGGUAUGGAAGUAGAAGCUCACCAGUUCGACCCAGUGGCUUCAAAGCUUGUCUGGGAACAAGUGAUCAAGAACUUCGUUGGCUUGACAACUGACCAAGCCAUUGUUGCAGAAGAAGAGGCUAAGUUAGCCAAGGUCCUUGAUGUCUACGAGGCUCGGCUCAAGGAGUUCAAAUAUCUGGCUGGUGAAACUUUUACUUUGACAGAUCUUCACCACAUUCCUGUGGUACAGUACUUGCUUGGAACUCCCACCAAGAAGCUCUUCACCGAGCGUCCACGUGUCAACGAGUGGGUGGCUGAGGUCACCAAGAGGCCAGCUUCACAGAAGAUCCUUAAGUGAGAAAUUUCUGAAAGUGAAAACAUAAUGGUUCUGCCUCAGUCACAGUAAUAAUACUCGAGAGAAAAUAAGUGGCUUCUGUUGUGUCCUUUUGUUUUUGUUCUCAGUUGUGUAUGUGUUGUUGAGAGAUCUUUGUUGAAUCAAAACUUUAUAUGUAAUCUUCAAGCCCUUCUAUAAUAAAACAACAUAAUUAGUUUUU